AUGACGUCUGAUGCCUGGAUGAUUCCUGAAGUCAGCGAGCAGACGCCGCCAACAUCGGCAACGGCAACUUGGGGAGGGGCGCGACGCGAGCCUUGCGCGCGAUCACUCUCUUCGACAUACAACAUGGGUCCCGGCAGCGGGAUCCGUAAUAGAGCGCGCGGCAAGGGCAAGUCGGCUGCUCCGCUGGUCAUUCAACUCCGUCGCCAGGCAGCCCAUGGGGAAUUGAGAAUCGAGAGGCCGCGGGCUCAGAGGAAGGAGGCCGAGGAUGAGCUAUUGUACCCGUUCCUGGCACUGCGCAGGGCUGCGAAAGCGGCGGCUGCGGCCAGUGAGGCAGACGUUGUGCCUCCGCGGACGCCUGCGGGGACACGGAGGUUGGAGGUCGAGGUCGUCCGGACACUAUCGACUAUGAAUGGGCGACACAAGGCACUGCGGAGGAAGACGCGACACGAGAUUGGCAAGCAAGAGGAGCACCAGUACGAUGAACAAGCGUGGCGGAGGGGCGCCUGUGAUGAGCAAGAGCCGGAACACACGGGUGAACGCGAGGGAACGGCAUCGGUGGUACCUGUACAAGGAUGCAGUGUCAAGGUCAAGCACACUGCGUCUGGAGCUAGUCGCAGUCGGCGAGGAUGGCGGAAGCUGCUCGGGCUGGUGGAGGGCGAUAUGAAGCGAGUGCCAAAGAGCUCUGUGACCAAGUUGAAGGGUGUUCGCGUGAAGCCCAAGUCUGCAUGCAAGGCCAUGCGGUCCGUCACAGCAGCAGAAGUCGAGCACCAGUCGAUGGUUCCUCAGCACAACGAAGAGCGUGUCCCGGUGGACGUCGCCCUGGCCUUCCCUGCCGACGAGAUUGAGCACCCCGUCGCACCGGUCGGUACAUUACCUGAGCACUCCACCGCUGCUUCUGUGGUCGAGGUCGAGCCUGUGCAAGCAGCGAUGCCCGUAGAAGGGGAGCCGCACGAACGGGGCCUGGGAUUGGAGGACUUUGCCUUUGACUUUGGCUCGUGUCCAGGGAUGCCAGCUGAACUCGUCGCAGCUCUGAACAUGCCUUCGCACGUCUUCACGGUGACAGAGGCGCAAGAGGUGCCUGCGACGGAAGGCCAGAUUGCAGAGGCUACGGUCAUGGCCGUCGAUGCGGAGAUACUCUCACCCGAGCCGACUCGCGACACGUACAGUGCUUUUGCGGUGGGUAUGGAUACUAUCCACGCCGAGGCCUCGUCCGGCGCAGAGGAAGCGAUGGCGGACGUGUACACCACUGACGACGUGCUGGUCGAGAUGGCGUCUCCCGUUGUAUGUUUUACAGACACGGUUACUGUCGACGAGGACAGCGAUAUGCUGCAUGCAGAGGAAGAGGCUGUGGAGAUGGAGAUGGACGGCUUUGAGAGCGUAGUAGCUCCGCAGGCACUGUUUGCUCAGACUGAGAUGAUCGCCGCCAACCCUGUUACCAAUGCAGGGCUCGCAGGGGUUCCGGUCGAGUUGAUCUCCGCAGCGGUUGAUAUGGCGCAGCCUGAAGAGGACAUCGAGAUGGGGCACCAGGAGCAGCCUGUGAUGGUGGAGGAAAACAUCAAGAUGGGUGUCCAGCUGGUGUCUGUGGACGCGGUGUUCGGUGCGGUCGCAGCAGCACUGAUCGCAGCAGGAGAUGGAGGCGGCAACAACGAGCAAGACAUCGAUGCAGUGCUAGACCACUUUGGGUUUGUGCAGGAGUGCACUGUCGCUCACCUCGACCAGGAGGACGCAUCCGUGGGGGACAUCACGCUCGUCGGUGGCGCACUUGACGAAGACCACAACGCGACGUCUGAUCAGGAUUGGGACACGACGUUCGUGGAGGACGCUAUUACAUCUUCGUCGCCGAAGACGGAGAAGCAGAGUAGGCUUCCUGCGAUGCCACUCCCGGAGGUCGUGGUGUCUGGGUCAGAUACCGGCGAGCAGGCUGUCGUCGCUGGACUGGAGGACGUCUCCAUCCCACCCACCUCGUCCGCGCCUGUUAUCAGCUUGAAGACACUUUUGGACGCCAUUGCUCCUCACCCCGUGCUACCCGACCGUCUCCUCGAGGACCCAGUUCCGACUGCUGGGCCGAUGUUCGACAUGCAAUCGUUAUACUCGACACUCCCUACAAACUCCACUGGAGGCGCGGAGAAGACGACGAACGCAGGUUCAUUCGCUAGGGCGACGAGAAGCGGCAAGGUGUAUGGCGGCGGCAUCAGCAAGGCCAAGAAGGCUGUCGCCCAGCCGACGCGCAAGUGCACGUCUAGUUUGUCGAGUGGGCUACUGGACAACGACGCGUUCAGGGCGGUGCGCAACAAGAGUGCGGCAGAGCAGAAGGCGCGCAAGGACACACGCAAGCGAUACAAGAAGAUAUCGCGGAAGCUUGCACGCCAGGACGCGGAGAGCGCGGAACCCAAGGGAGGCUGUGGGCGAUUCCGGCUGUCAGCUGUGAAUCCAAAGACCGGACGGCGCGAGAAGAUGACGCCAAUCACCACGGUCAAGGAGAGCACCGACGACGACCUCGACGUUGACGUGCUGUGUCGCAUGUCGUCGAGUCUGUUGUUGACGGCAUCGUCCCAUGGGCGCACCAGUACUCAAGAGGCGACGGAUUGUGCGGACGACCUGCUGGGUGCGUUUGCAUCUUUUGGGCUCUCGACGGACGCUCCCUCGGCAUCGUCGACAGGUGGCUCGGCGCUAGACGAUCUGUGCGACCUCUUCAAUGCGCUGGUCUGA